UCCUCAGAGUCACUCUGCAGCCAGAGGAGAAAAAAGGGUUUCCCCACUCUUCUGUCAUCUCUCUGUGUGCCUUUUCUCACCUUUAUAUCCGGGCAAUCUGGAGGCUUGAACAUUUUCUCGAUUUUCUCGCAGCUUGGCCGGGUGCGAUCUUUGCGGUGGCUGCUGACGAGGUCCGGUGUGUCGCUGGUUUCAGUAACGUCUUUCAACGUUUUCGUGCUCCACGCAACAGUAUUGGGUAAGUAGUCGUUCAACUCAAGUUCCAUACUUGGUUUCUUGUGAGGUCUUGCCAAUACGAUAGCAAUGGACCCCUGGCCCUCCUACUCGACCGAUUCUACGGCGAACCGACAGCCACGAUACGCGAACAACGUGCUCCAGCAAAAUCCUUCCCCGCAGCACCUCCGAGAUCACAACCCCCCUCAACAACCUCCUCCGUCGAGCAUGGCUGCAGCAUCCGGGCCGGGCACAACGCAGCAACCCUACCAGGCUUAUCAUGGCACGGGAGCGGGACCUCCACCUGCGCAGCCGGCCCCUACUACACGCUUAGAUAGUGCCUCAGAUUAUAUGGAUGUGCAGAUGCCUGACGCCGAUUCCUAUGGUCGGGCUAAAUACCAACAGCCUCAAAGUUCUCGGCAACCCUAUGUGUCUCCCGAGGAACCCGCAUCUCAAAGGUAUACUGGGAUUGGGUCAAACUCUAAUCCUCAAGCUGGUUACGGUUCUUCUGCAUCGACCCAUUCAUUACCUCAGGUCAACUACCCACCUCAAAUGGCUACGUCUACGUCUUCCUCAUCGUAUCAGCAACGACAAUCUCCCUCACGAUUGAAUUAUACUAGCAGUUCUCAGUCUUACUACGCCCAACAACAGCAGCCUCCUGCUGCUUCCCCCCGUACAAGUGCACCCCCGAGCAUGCAGUCAUAUCAACAUCAUUUGCAACAGUCGGGCUCGGGCUCCUCAGGUUCUGAUCCCAAUAAUGGGCGUUAUUUUUCUUCAUCUGGUUCUUCGAUGCCGCAAGGAUCUAUGUACGAUCAAAUGCACAUUGGGCAUCACCAAUCCGCUCCCCGGGAACAUCCACCGAGAUUUUCCAGGGUCGCUGCACUGAGUGACUUGAAACCGCAGACAAAUUCCCAACCCGCUUUCAGAAGAGCUCACCCCGAGGGUGGAUUUAUUAGCCCAUUGCAAGCGCUGACAACCCAUCUCCCUUCUACGUACCGUAUAUGCAAUCCUACUUUCAAAUACGAAUCCUCCAGGAAUCCUCGCCGAGUCCUAACCAAGCCAAGCAAGGGUGUGAAAAAUGAUGGAUACGAUAAUGAAGACAGCGAUUACAUAUUAUAUGUAAACGACAUUCUUGGAUCAGAAGAAACAAAGAAUCGUUAUCUUAUUCUGGACGUCCUUGGACAAGGAACGUUCGGUCAAGUUGUGAAGUGUCAGAACCUUAAAACACAGGAGGUUGUCGCAGUAAAAGUUGUGAAGAACCGGACCGCGUACUUUAACCAGAGUAUGAUGGAAGUCUCUGUUCUUGAUUUGCUCAAUAGCAAAUUGGACAAAAAUGACGACCAUCAUAUCCUCCGCCUAAAGGAUACCUUCAUCCACCGCCAGCAUCUUUGCCUUGUUUUCGAGCUGCUCAGUGUCAACUUAUACGAGCUAAUCAAACAGAACCAGUUUAGAGGCUUGAGCACAACCCUUGUUCGGGUUUUCGCUCAGCAGCUGUUGAACGCUUUAUGUCUCCUUAAUAAAGCGAGGCUCAUCCAUUGCGACCUCAAACCGGAGAAUAUAUUGUUGAAAAACCUGGAGAGUCCGAUCAUAAAGGUCAUAGAUUUUGGCUCCGCAUGUGAUGAGAGACAGACAGUUUAUACCUAUAUCCAAUCCCGUUUCUAUCGAUCACCCGAAGUUUUGUUAGGAUUACCGUACUCCUCGUCAAUUGAUAUGUGGUCGCUUGGGUGUAUUGUCGUAGAGUUAUUCUUGGGUCUCCCACUCUUCCCGGGUAGCUCUGAGUACAAUCAGGUAGCGAGAAUCAAUGAAAUGCUUGGAAUGCCCCCUGUCUGGAUGCUCGAGAUGGGAAAACAAGCCGGCGAAUUCUUUGAGAAGGUACAUGAUGAGUUUGGGAGGAAGAUUUACCAGCUCAAGAGCAUGGAGAAAUACUCCCGAGAACACGGGACGAAGGAGCAACCUAGCAAGAAAUACUUCCAGGCAACCACAUUGCCUGAGAUAAUCCGCCAGUAUGCGAUGCCUCGAAAAAAUAUGAAACCAAUUGAGAUCGAGAGAGAAAUGAACAAUCGAAUCGCCUUUAUUGACUUCGUUCGGGGUUUACUAAAUAUCAAUCCUGUAGAACGAUGGUCCCCACAACAAGCAAAGCUACACCCCUUCAUUACCCAACAGAAGUACACGGGACCUUUCGUACCUCCUAUGAAUCUUAAAUCACCACCACCGAAGUCCCCAAUGUCUGGCGCUGAACAGCAGAGAGCAGAGCAAGCAAUGAUGCAAAAGCAACAAGCAGCGAUGCAGGCACAGGCCCAGAUUCAAGCCCAGCAGCGCGCUCAACAGGCUCAGCAAGCUGCCCAUGUGGCUCAGUCACAACCCAAUUAUUCUGCUGUCUCUCUUGGCAAUUUCCCAGCCUCCUCAGGACAUCCACAACCUCCCACGGUCUACAAUAAUGCUUACAGCUCGACACAGCAGCCCAACCAGCCCCAGCAGCAAGCCCCACCAGCUUAUACAACGAGCACACUCUAUUCCCAGAACCCCAAUCGGGCGGCUCGCCAGCGCUCAGCCACGAUGGUGGAUGGAGUCCCUCCCCAAAUCCAAAGAGCUGCCUCAAUGAUGGAUCCUACACAACCUAUCCGUCUGCAACCCAGCCCAGCAUAUUUCCCGCCUCCGCCCGGAGGCAUUCCAGACGAACCUGGUAAUGGGAGGGGACGGCAACAGGCCCGUGGAGGACAGUAUAGGAACCGCAAUGUGAUAAGGACUUUGGAAGGUAACUUGGAGGAUGGGCUUCUCAGUCAACAGCAUUGGGGGUAAUUCGAUCGGCUCGGUAGCGCCUCUCCUGGUUUCAUUUGUUACUAUCGGCUCUGUUGGUUGUCUUGUGGGUGGUUUGUGAAUUUGUUUUGCAUGCGUAAGCGUCCGGCUUUUUCUCCGCCUAGCCGUGGGCGUAUGGAUGGCGAGUUCACAACAAGAGAACGCUCUGGAUUCACAUUAAAAAAGUGCCCCCAUAUUGGAAAAAACAGGAAUGGGGCAACCACACGUAUCCGAAUGGAUGGGGAUUAAUGGAGGUGAAAGUGAAUCGGGGGAGAGAGUGUGGAAACAUCAUUUGUAAAAGGGGCCUCAUUGGUUCCCUCAAAAGCUAGUUUUUUCCUUUUAUAUUUACGAUUAUCCUAUGCUCACGACUAACUAGUUUCUCGUUGCAUUGUUUCAUGUUUUUUUUUGUUUUCCAGUUUUAACGAAUUUGAGGAGGCCUUUCCCUUCUUCCCCCUUUCCCUUCCCUUCUUCCCCUUCCUUUCUAGCUGCUGAAAACGGAUUGUUUUGGAUUGAGUGGGUGGCUUGUGGCCGAGGUGCUUGAGUUGUUGCGAGUGAUUAUUUGUGAGUUGAGAUAGUGAUGUUGUGCAAUGACCGCAGUGCUGUCCACGGUUGUUACGAAGGCGUUGUACGAUAAGCGGUUUCCAGCUUUUACUUUUUCUUUCUCUCUUUUCUUUUUUCUUCUUCCCCUAUCGGUCUUUAAGGGAUAUGAAUGCGUUAAAGCACAUAUGCAUGCAAAUAUAUGUAUGAAAUACAUCAAUGAGCCCUUGUGGAUUAAAUUGG